GGAACGUCACACUCCGGAAGCGGCAUUAAGAGAGUCUCGCGCUCGAGGACCCUCUUAAAGACAAAGAUUUGUUCUUUUGUUUGUUAGAAUUUUAAAACGGGAUUCGUGUAGACUUUUUAUUAAAGCAACAACAGACAUACUUUAUACGCAGUUUCUCCUCGAAGAAGUUUAGACACUUGUCACGAUGCCUAGAGGAGGGAAAAAGGGCCACAAGGGUCGGGGAAAACAGUUCAGCAACCCCGAGGAGAUCGAGCGGCAGAUGCGCGCGCAGAGGGAGAAGGAGGAAAACGGUGGUGCUUCUGAGAGUCCAUCUGAGUCUGAGGAGGAAAGCAGUGAUGAAGAUGAAAAAAGUCAAAAAAGGAAUGGAGUCCAAGGGUUGAUUGAAAUUGAGAAUCCCAACCGUGUGUCUCAGAAGAGCAAAAAAGCCGCAGAGGUUGACGUCGAGGCACCAAGAGAGCUCACACGCAGAGAAAGGGAGGAGAUUGAGAAGCAGAAAGCUAAAGAACGCUAUAUGAAGCUGCAUCUGGAAGGAAAGACAGAUCAGGCCAGAGCGGACCUUGCCAGACUGGCUAUUAUUAAAAAACAGAGAGAAGAUGCAGCGAAGAAGAGGGAAGAGCUGAGGAAAGAAAAAGAGGCACAAGAAGCCAAGUCUAAGCGUUAAGUCUCGGCCCCAUGCUGAGGACUCUGGGCGGGAGGGAAGGGACCAAAUUAAUUAGGGAGACAGCUCAGGGGUGUCCAGAUACUGCCCUUUCAUCCAUCACUGGCAGGGACAGGCAGAGAUUUGGACAUUCAGACUCACAUCACAUAAAGUGGGGGUUAAAGACAAGACCUCACUGGUUUGCUUAUUGGUAUCUAAAAAAGGAGGCGCUCCGCAAAUUAUGAUGUCCUCAUGUCCUUUUCCCCCAUAUCUCUGAUGUGUUCUGAUCCUACAGCUGCUAGAGUUCACUCUUAAAUUUACACUUUUGGUUAUGUUUUAAUAAAGCUUUGAUUGGGUUGUUGGCCAGUGUGGCAUUCUUCCUGAUGUUACCUGCCAAGUAGGAUAGAGUAAUGAAUGGAGGAACUAGCAAACUUAUUGAACACCAUCUGUUCUCAUCCUGACCUUAUUGCUGUAUGUUUGUAUUCUCUGUUGCAUAAGCUACACAUAAUAAGCACCCUUUGUAUUGAACAAGAUGUCAUUAUUAUUGCAUGCUAGUUGCAAGAUCCAACUUAUUAGAAAUGCCAGUAAGUACACAUUUAAAACAUAAUUAAUUAGUUACUUUUGAAAAGAUCAACAGUAUUAAUAUGCAUAUGUAAAAAUGCUAAAGGUAUGUAUGGUUGUAUUCAUGGGUUUUUACUUCCCCUCCUUUAUCCUGUUGUGCUUACAUGUCUCUGUAAAUGGCCUUUUCUCCUCACGACCAACUUAUAAACAUACCUCUUGUAUAUUAGGCCUUGUUCACACUUGGUAAUGAUAUCUAUCCGGAGUGAUGUCAUCAGAAGCAGACAGACGGAUCAGAAGUUUUACGCAUCUUCAGUAACCACUUGUGAUCUAUGGACAUGACACAGUGGAUAAGUUGGUGCUUUGUACUGAAUUCACACUACAGAUGUUUCAUGGCUAUAUGUGUUGAAGUAGUUUGAGCUGAUCUGAUUUUGAUUCCAGGAACAUGUUUUCACCUGUUCCCCAUGCUGUGUAUAUGUGAUCAUUUCAUCUAAUGUGGACGCUAAAACCAGGCCUGAACAGGGUCCUAUAUGCCUCAGCUUGUUGGUGCGACUUGAAUUGCCUUGAAUAUUAGGGGAAGCAAUAUUGCAGUGAUGCAAAUGAUGAAAACUUCAGCUUAGUUUGUAAAGGAAUUUAUUUACAGAAGUGGUUAAAAGAUUUGUAAAGUGUUCUCCAUUACUGAAAUUUACUUGCUUGGAUGCAAUUGGAUGUUAAUCCCGAAUUGAUUUUUUAUUUUUUUUGGAGUUGAAAUAAAUACGUUAGUACAAUUA